CAGAAACGGAAGAGGCGGGCUACAGAGAAGAAAGGGUGAAAGGAUUUCCAACUUGGUGGCGCCCCUGGCGGGAGGGCUUCGAGGACGCUGAUGGCGGGAGUAACGACGAAAGUGGUGUGCGCGUGGGCGCGGCGCGCGGGGCCGCCGUUGCCGAGGCACGCUGGCGCGUCUCUAAGGACGCACUGGACGCCGGCUGGGAAGUCUCGGAGCAGGCGGGAGGCAGCCGAGGCCGAAGCCGAAGUUCCAGUGUUUCAGUACUUGGGCCAGCGGGCGCGGCGCGUGGACCGCAUCUUCACGUGGGGCUUUUCGUACACGGGCGCGCUAGGCGUGCCCACCUUCGUACUGCCCACCGCCUACGGCCCCGCUGCCGGCCGCAAGCCCCGCGCCAUACAGCCCGUGCCCUACCGCCUGGAACUUGAUGCCAAGAUUUCAUCUGCUGCCUGUGGCUAUGGAUUCACAUUGCUGUCCUCCCAAACCAAAGACAUCACCAAAGUCUGGGGCAUGGGACUCAAUAAGGAUUCUCAGCUUGGGUUUCACAGGAGCCAGAAGAAUAAGAGAAAGGGAUAUGAGUAUGUCUUGGAGCCAUCCCCGGUGCCAUUGCCGCUGGACAGACCGCAGGAGACCCGGGUUUUGCAGGUGGCUUGUGGAAGAGCUCACUCCCUGAUCCUGACGGACAGUGAAGGAGUCCUCAGCAUGGGAAACAAUUCCUAUGGACAGUGUGGCAGAGCUGUGGUCAGCGAUGAGGUUUACAGCGAGAGCCAUAAGAUACAUAGGAUGCAAGACUUUGAUGGACGAGUGUUGCAGGUGGUGUGUGGCCAGGACCACAGCCUCUUCCUGACAGAUAAAGGCGAGGUCUACUCUUGCGGAUGGGGCGCGGACGGGCAGACAGGUCUGGGUCACUACAACAUCACCAGUUCGCCCACCAAGGUUGGCGGAGCCAUUGCGGGAGUGAAUAUAGUGCAGGUGGCCACCUAUGGGGACUUCUGCCUCGCCGUGUCUGCGGACGGGGACCUCUUUGGAUGGGGCAACUCGGAGUACCUACAGCUGGCAGCCGUCACUGAAGCCACGCAGGUGAACGUCCCCACACACUUGCCCUUCUCCGGGAUUGGGAAGAUCAAGCAGGCGGCUUGUGGCGGCACCGGGAGCGCCGUGUUGAAUGACGAAGGGCACGUUUUUGUCUGGGGAUACGGGAUUCUCGGGAAGGGGCCGAAGCUCAUGGAAACCGCACACCCGGAGCGGAUCCCGCCCUCCCUCUUCGGCCUGUCCGACUUCAGCCCGGACGUCCGCGUUUCCCGCAUUUGCUGUGGACUCAGCCAGUUCGCCGCGCUUACCAACAAAGGCGAGCUGUUUGUGUGGGGCAAGAACAUCCGCGGUUGCCUGGGCAUCGGCCGCCUGGAGGACCAGUACUUCCCCUGGAGGGUGACGAUGCCAGGAGAGCCGGUGCAAGUGGCCUGUGGGGUGGACCACAUGGUGACUCUGGCCAGGUCGUUCAUCUAAGGCCGCCGCCUCCAGGGGGUCCCCCCAGCCCUUGGCUCUCUCGGGGACAAGCCAGCUCUGCUCACCUCAAAGUUUUGCCUUCUCCGGCCCGGCCACAUCACCCUGCCUGUUGGACUCGGAGGCUUUGGGCUUCCGGCUCUUUUGGACUGUGUUUCCAUGCUGCCAGCCAGUGACUAGGGAUGUCCUCGGGGGCUGGUGUCUGUUAGUUCAUUGUGUGUGCCUGCAUGUGUGCGUGCGUGCGUGUGUGCACGCACCCGUGUGUGGUGGGGGAGCAGCCCCCAUCUUUCUCAGGGAAACAUUUAUUUCAGGCCCCUUCCAUGCUGAGGGUCCUGCGGCACCGAUGCCCGCUUUGGGGCUCUGUGAGGCCCUCGCGGGGAGCAGGGCAAACAGCCGCCCCCCGACGACGGGGAGGGCAGCAGGGCCACUGGCCCUCGUUUGCCCCUUCGUAUUUUUCAGCUCUUAUCAAAUAAAAUGACGGCUUUCCCUGGGCA